AGUAACCUGAUUAGUAAGAUGAAAGAAAGAGACUCUGAGAGUGAAGGUAGGUGGACAGUUUAUGGGGUGAUGGAGGGAGAGAGUGGGGGUCAUUGUUCCAGAGGGGUUAAUGGGGUAUUUGUUGUGGCGGUUGUGAGGAAAUUUAGAGUGAUGCCAAGAGAAGUUAUCGUAUUAGAUAAUUAUCAUUAUAGACCUUGAAGAAGAAAUUGGAAAAUUGAGCAUCCUCAGUAGAUCUGGAGUUUCAAGUUAUGGAAAAUAAUUCAGAGUAUUCUGAACCAAUGGACCAAAAUUACCCCACCCAAUACCUCGGAGAGAAUUUAGAAACAAAUACCAAACUUCUAGAAACAGGCGAAGAGCCACAAAGAAGUGUCAAUUACCAAACUCCAACUAUCCUCAGUGCUGUAAAAAUGGCUGGAGCCCAAGAUAGACUAGACAAAGUGCUUUCCAGGAGGAAGAAAUAAACAACAAAUUUCUCACAGCAAAAGUAUUUCAGCAGCUGACGAAAAGAUCUCGGCUAGGAAAUCUAAUCAGCCCCAGCCUGAUGAUGAAGGUCAUGAAAGCGAAAGAGUAGACACACCAAAAGAUGCUGUAAGACAAAGUCCAAGAGCCUCAUCAGCAAAGGAGGAUUUGUUGAAAGAGAAGGAAGAUUCAAAACCAAAAGAUGUAACUCGAAAAUCAAUUUUCCAACAAAAUGACAUCCGUCAAAUCUAUCAAUCUGAGCUAGAAUCAGAGAUUACUUCAGAUGAACGAGCAUCAGACUCACAAAACUCAGGAAGGAAGUUCAGAUGCUUAUUUAGAGCGCAUGAUAAGAAUAAGCUUCGGUGGGAUCUUUACAUCAUGCUUCUUGCAACACUGAAUUGUUUCCAAGUGCCUUAUACCCUUGCAUUUUCAGAAGAAGGGGAAGAACCACUCUUCUUAUCAGUGAUAAACUGGCUUCUGGAUGUUUCGUUCAUCAUAGACCUAAUAAUAGGGUUCAGAAGUACAUAUGUCAAUGAGAAGACAGGAAAAGAGAUAGUUGAUUUGAGAUUAAUAGCACUCCAGUACUUCAAAGGUCGGUUUUUCAUUGACCUACUUGCCUCAAUUCCAUUUGACAUCUUCUCCUUGUUCUUCUUCGGAAGAAAGGCAGGUGGAUUUAGCCUUCAGCUGAUCUCACUUUUGAAGUUAGUGAGAGUACUCAGAUUAUCAAAAUUGAUUGCUUUUAUGAACCUUCAGAAUGACAUGAAGAUGUCUCUAAAAUUAAUCAAGCUUGUUUUCUUCCUCAUCCUCUAUUUGCAUUGAGCAGCUUGUCUUUGGUUUUACAUCGUGAAGCAAAAAGAGAUGUGGAUCCCUCCUCUGAAUGAAAUCAGUGAGGCAAACAGCUUCUUUCUAAAAGGAAGUUUUGAUAAGUACUGAAUAUCUUUGUAUUACUCCAUACUGACGCUGGCUGGGAAUGACUUGUUCCCACAGGAUACCACACAGGUUAUCUUUGCGAUCAUACUUGUGCUUGCUGGAGCAAUUAUAAACGCGAAUAUUUUUGGUAACAUCGCAGUAUUACUUCAACAAAUCAACAGAAAAGCUGCCAAUUUUCAAGAAAAACUAGAUAACGCCACCUCAGCAAUGAAGUCACUAGGAAUUGAAGAGGAGCUACAGAAGAAAAUACAGCUGCAUCUGAUGUCCACUCAGGAUUCUCUUGACCUUCAGGAGGAACUUAAUUUAUUCUUACGGAUGCUGACUCCGAGCCUGAAAUUGAAGGUAACCCAGCAUAUAUUCAUUGAAGCUAUUUCUAGCAACCCUGUUUUCCAUGGAGAGGAAGAAGCUAUCGAAAUAAUGAUUAAAUCCAUGAACCUCCUUUUGUUCUACCCUGAGCAAGAAAUAGUCAAGCAAGGAGAGCCAGGCUAUAAAUUUUAUUUCAUAGCCCAAGGACAAUGCGAUGUCUUCAUAAACGAUGCAUAUAGCUCUCCGAUUUAUGAAAAGACUCUUGAAACAGGGAACUAUUUUGGAGAAGUAGCCAUUAUCAAGAACUGUAAGAGAACCGCUACAAUCAAGAGUCAAAGUUUCUCAACUUGAUCUUCCCUAGAAUACCAAGCUUUUCUGACUUUCCUUGAGGAAUACCCUAUUCUGAAGACAAACUUUACUGAAAGAAUGAAGACUUCUUAUAAUGACCACUGGAGAAAAUUCACAAGGAAAUGCCUCAGGAAUGUAGACUACCUUAAGAAUGGAAUCAGUGAUGAAAUUUUAGAUGAAAUCUCCUUUACACUAGAGAGUUGUAACCUCGCCACUGGAUACCAACUCAUCAAGGCUGGGACGAUCUGUAAUGAAAUUAUCCUGAUCUGUUGUGGCAAAAUUGAGGUGUCUAUUUGUAAUGUCACCGGUUCAAAUUCUUACAUUGACACACUAUCUACUUGUAGUACAAUUGGGUCUUACAGUGCACUCUCAGCAGAAGAUCAUAUAAUCAAUGCUAUCUGAAAUACAAGCUGAAAGAUCCUGAUCCUAAAAUUUGAAGUUAUUGAAAAGUUAAGAGAGCAAUAUGAAGAACUCGACCUCAACCUUGAAAAGCAUGAAGAUUAUAUUGAAGAAUAUGGCAUCCCUUACUGAGAUUUUCAUAUAUACCGUGAGACUGAUGAUGUAGCAACCCCUCUCCUCAAGUUCCAACAAGGGAUACUUAGGAUUAUUAGAAUCAUCAAGGCCUAUAAGACAACUAGACUUACUGAUCUUCUCGGGGUGAUUCAAAAAGAUAUUCGAAAAUAAAAGGAAAGACAAACUCAAACGUAAGCAGAAACUUCUCCUCAGAAAUCUCUCAAAUCCCGAUCAAAUGACUCAAGAGGCGAUCUUUACCCGUCUCAAUGAGAAGAUGGAUUAUAUUACGUCAAAAGUUGAGUCUCAGUCUUGUCCAAACUGAGCUUGUAAUUGAAAAUCGAAACCUUCUUCGCUUCCAAAAGAAGCAAGUAAGGCUAAGCCUCCUCAGGAGGGACCUCCUAGAUUGACUCCUCCUUCGAUCGUGAAUCACUUGCAGAAGAGUUUGACCCAUACAAUUAAUGUAAUUCCAAAGACAUCGCCAAAGGAAGAAGAUGAUCCUGAUGAAGAAAGUAGGGAUAUGCUGCCAUCAAUCCACCAGCCUCAUCCACUUCAGUCUUACGAAACUUUACAAGUAGAUCAUCCUCUAAUGCAGCAGAGAUCAUUCAUGGGUCCUUACCAGUUUGGAAGCAGGAAGUCCAAAUAAAUACGACACAUGUAGUCUUGAAGCUUUUUUUUCUAACACCAUUUAUUGCAA